GACACCUGGGUGGGCUGCUGGCAUCGGGCACCGCCUGUGCCAACGUUUACCAAGGCUUCUCGGACUGCAUCCUCAAACUGGGGAAAAACAUGGCCACGUAUGAGGAGAUGGAUGGCAUCGAGCUGCGGGGGUUGCACCGAGUCUGUGGGUACUGGGAUGAAUUUCACACGUGUGCCCUGACGGCGCUCUGGCAGUGCCAGAAGGAAGCAGCAGCCAUCUGGGAGAUGCUGAGAAGGGAGACUCGAAAAAUCAAAUUUCAAGGCAGCUUGUUCGAUCUCUGCAGCCCCAGCACGGCCCAAAGCUUUGCCUCGACCCACAUUCCCAACGUUUCCAUCCUCGGCAUCCCUCUCAUCAUCACUUGGCUGAAUUUAUGA